UUUAUUUUCUGUACAAUGAAUGAUAUUGUUGACUUUUACAAUCAAUGUCAUGAAAUAAUGUUUACAGACAUCAUGUCCUCAAAAGAUGACGGAAACGAUCGAAGAGUGUACGUAGGAAAUCUACCGCCGGAUAUUCGUUCUAAGGAUAUUCAAGAUUUGUUCCAUAAGUAUGGGGAGAUUGCUUUCAUAGAUCUAAAGAACAGGCGAGGACCUCCAUUUGCUUUUGUCGAGUUUGAAGAACCAAGAGAUGCAGAGGAUGCAGUCCAUGCUAGGGAUGGAUACGAUUAUGAUGGUUACAGGCUUAGAGUUGAGUUCCCGAAGGGAGGAGGAGGCAGUUUCAGGGCUGGAGCUGGAGGUGGACGUAGUGGAGGCAGAGGACCACCUGCUCGUAGAUCCAAAUACAGGGUUCUAGUCACAGGUUUACCCGCGAGUGGGAGCUGGCAGGAUCUCAAGGAUCACAUGAGAGAAGCAGGGGAUGUGUGUUUCUCUGAUACUUUCAAGGACGGUUCCGGAGCUGUAGAAUAUCUCAGAUAUGAGGAUAUGAAGUACGCUUUGAAGAAACUCGAUGAUACAAAAUUCAAAUCUCACGAGGGAGAGACGAGUUAUGUCCGCGUGAAGGAGGAUAUUGGUGGAGGUGACCGUGACCGCGGUUCUGACCGCAGGCGACGUAGUCCUAGCCGGAGCAGAUCAAGGAGUAGGAAGAUGUCUCGAGCCAGCCCGACCUACUCCCCGGUCAGGAGGAGACGGUCCUAUACCAAAUCAAGGUCAAGAUCUGAAUCCAGCAAGAGCAAGAGCAGGAGUCGGAGCAAGAGCAAGAGUAGGAGCAGGAAUGAGAGUAGGAGCAGGAAUAGGAGGAAGAGGAGUGAGACGAGGAGUAGGAGUAAAUCCUAGAUCCCACCCAGGGGCAUACUGAGGAUUGAAAUGACAAGGAUCUUAACAGUCCCCGUCAUAGGAUCAGGAUAUGUUCAUAGGAUCAGGAUCAUGGGACAUGUUUAAUGCUCAUAGGACAUGUUCAUAGGAUCAGGAUCAUAUUUCAGGACACUAGGAUCGCCAGGUUAUGUGUACUUAAAAAUUCGACAAGAUUUGAAGGGUACAGGAGUCCUCAUAACAUUUGUAUUAUUAGAUUUUCAGAGUAUGGUAAUGAGGCUCUAUAUAAUCAGAGAAUUUCAGUAAUUACUAAAUUAGGAGCACAGAAAAUAAACAUGCAAGAUAAACUUUAGACGUCAAUAUCUCCCUCAUUUGACAUUCAAGAUAAACUUUAGACGUCAAUAUCUCCCUCAUUUGACAUUCAAGAUAAACUUUAGACGUCAAUAUCUACCUCAUUUGACAUUCAAUAUAAACUUUAGACGUCAAUAUCUACCUCAUUUGACAUUCAAGAUAAACUUUAGACGUCAAUAUCUACCUCAUUUGACAUUCAAUAUAAACUUUAGAAAUGAUUAAACCCUUCAUUUGAAGAAGCGGUGUUGGGACAUUUCAUAGAUAGGGCAUUUCAUGGAAAGACUUUACAUAAAUAUGACAUUUUAUAGACCCGUCUGUGAAAUGUCUGAAAUGGCCAUCUAAUAGCAUUUUUACGACACCUACAAAAUUCAGUAAAAUCUAAAAAUUGAACAAUUGAUUUUCUUCUAUCAUUCCAAAGUUUAAGUUUUUUUAAACCAACCACAUUGAAUUGGUUCCAAAACUCAACCUAUACUUUUUUUAAUUUUGCUAAAUAAUUUCAUGCUUGUAGGAUCUUUUCUGUUCCAGUCUUAGGAUCAGGAUUAGUCAAGUGCAGGAUCAAAGAAUUCAUGGACUAUUGUUCAUAAAGUUCUUAGGAUUGGCAGGUUACGAGUUCAUUCGAAUAUAUUGACGAUGAUUGUUCUGAAAUAUUUAUUUUAUCUUGAUUUUAUCUUGACCUGGAUAUAUUUUAUUUAUAGGAUCAGGAUAAUGAGGCAUUAGAUAUUUUCAUAUUAUCAGGAUCAUAGUGUGCCAGGACAAGUUCAAUGUUCAGAGGAUCAGGAUCAUCAAGUGCCAGGAUAUGUUCAGAGGAUCAGGAUCAUAGUACUCCUAGCAAUAUUCAUAGGAUCAGAAUAAUAAUACUUCAAGAUGUUCAUAGGAUCAGAAUACGGAAUCAUAGAACUUUAAGAAAUGUUCAUAGAAUUAGGAUCAUAGUACUUCAAGAUAUGUACAUAGGACCAGAGUCAAAGCACUUCUACACUGCGUUUCAAGUUAUUAUGCAAGUACGUUUUUUUUUAAUUCUGACUCGGAAAUAAAUUUUUCCUGAAGGUU